AAUUUCAACCAGCUGAUAUCGAUUGGACGACAGGGCUGCACCUCACAAAUAAAUAUAAAACCAAAAUAUUUAGGGAAAUUCAGUUGGAAGUAUAAUACAAAACGAAGAUGUCUGCCCUGCGCCGUGACGUGUCGCCUUUAAUCCAGCGCAUUCGGGCCUUCCUCCUGGGUCGGGAGCACAACUUGGCCCUGCGCUUUGAGGACGGACUCGCCGAUCGCACCCAGCCACAGCCGUCAAUCCCGGAUGGACCGUCGCAUCUACUCUCGGCCAACUACUACUGCCAGCGGGAUGCACGUCGCGAGGUGCUGCCGCCCAUCGACCUGGUGGAGCAGCAAAAGCAGCUGGCGGCUGAUGGUGGUGAAGCGGCGAAGGCCACGUCUUCCAAGCUGCCCACUCCGGGCAAGAUCUAUGCCUGGGAUUAAUGGGCCGCUUCCACGCAGGAAUCGCCUUUUUUGAGUUGUAGUACGAGCCGGUUAAAGCUAAUAUAGAAUCAAAUUGAAA